UACUCUCCUCCACCACCCAAGAAGUCACCUCCACCUCCAUACUACUACAGUUCUCCACCACCACCAGUUAAGUAUCCUCCUCCACCAUACUACUACUCUUCUCCACCACCACCCAAGGAAUCACCUCCUCCACCAUACUACUACUCCUCACCACCACCACCCAAGAAGUCACCCCCACCCCCAUACUACUACUCCUCUCCUCCACCACCAGUUAAAUAUCCUCCUCCACCAUACUACUACUCUUCCCCACCACCACCAGUUAAGUACCCUCCUCCACCAUAUUACUACACUUCUCCUCCACCACCUACUCCUUACUAUCCUCCUCAUCACCCCUUGAUUGUUAAGGUUGUAGGAAAAGUCUACUGCUACAGAUGUUAUGACUGGAAAUACCCAAAGAAAUCCCAUGACAAGAAGCACCUCAAAGGUGCUGUUGUUGAGGUGACAUGCAAGGCUGGUUACAAAGAAAUCAAGAGCUAUGGUACCACUAAGAUUAAUGGCAAGUUUAGUAUUACUGUUGAAGGAUUUGAUUAUGCGAAAUAUGGAGCAGAUGCAUGCAUAGCUAAGCUUCACAAAGCACCAAAGGAUUCAAAAUGUAACAUCCCAACAAAUCUUCAUUGGGGUAUGAAGGGUGCUAGCCUCAGGGUGAAAUCAAAGGAUCAUUAUGAAGUUGUGCUCUAUGCAAAACCAUUUGCUUAUGCUCCAAAAACUCCAUAUGAAGAAUGCAUGAAGCCUAAGCCAACUCCAGCUCCUUACUACUACCAUUCUCCUCCACCACCAUCGCCGACAUACGUAUACAAGUCACCACCUCCUCCAUCACCCAAAUACGUGUACAAAUCACCACCUCCUCCAUCACCUAAAUACGUGUACAAGUCGCCACCCCCUCCAUCACC